UCCACUGCUCUCUUUCCUGGGCUCUUCUCCUCACUUUCUCGCCCGACGUUCGCGACGCAAGUGAACAUAUUUCUUCUCUCUCGCAGUCCUUUCGACAACGAGUGCAAGUCCACACCGUCACGAAACCUGACCUACUCACGACCUCAGUCUCUUGACUUUCGAACCCAUUCCUGAUCACAAUCUAUCUAACAAUCUAGUCACCAAUUCUUGACAAGAUGGUUUGCUACAAGUGUAAUGAGGAGGGACAUUAUGCUCGCGAGUGUCCACAGAACGGUGGGGGUGGUGGUGGCGGCGGUGGCGGGGGUCGCGGUCGUGGAGGCGGCGGGGGAUACCACGGAGGUGGCGGCAGCCGAGGAGGAAGCUAUGGUGGUAAUGAGGGCGGAUCCAAGUGUUACAAGUGUAACACCUACGGCCACUUUGCACGUGACUGCAACGAGGAGGAACGUUGUUACAAAUGCAACGGAACAGGUCACAUUGCACGCGAUUGUACUUCUGAAGGAAACGACUCCCGAGAUGAUGGAGGCCGAUCAUCAUACUCCCGAGGUGGCGGUGGAGGAGGUGGUGGUGGAAGAAAUUGUUACAACUGUGGUGAGCCCGGACAUAUUAGUCGCGAUUGUACCAAGGAGCGCUCAGGAGGUGGUGGUGGUGGACGUCGUUACGAUGAUUAGUACUUUUCGCCAAAUCCUCGCCUAAUUCAUUCCAAGAGCCCAAACAAUGUACAUGUCACUUGUUGUAUUUUGUAUUUGUUAAAUUAUUUGAAUCGCCGUUAAAUAAAUUGGAAUUUGUAUUGACAAGAUAACCUUAUCCACA